AUGGCCUCCGCACAGCAAAAGGGUCGCGUUCUCCUCGCAUACUCGGGUGGAUUGGACACCUCGUGUAUCCUGGCAUGGCUCAUCGAGGAAGGCUACGAAGUCUACGCGUUCAUGGGUGAUGUCGGACAGGAAGAGGAUUUUGUAGCUGCUGAGAAAAAGGCUCUCGCCGUUGGCGCGAAGAAGUUCUUCCUGGCGGAUCUCAAACGCGAGUUCGUUGAGGAGCUCAUCUAUCCAGCUGUCCAGGCCAACUGCAUCUACGAGAACGUCUACCUCCUCGGUACCUCGCUCGCUCGCCCAGUCAUCGCCCGUGGUAUGAUCGCGAUCGCUGACAAGGAGGGAUGCGACUUCGUCUCGCACGGUUGCACGGGCAAGGGCAAUGACCAGGUCCGCUUCGAGCUCGCCUUCUACGGCCUCAAGCCCGACAUCAAGGUCAUCGCACCCUGGCGUAUUCCUGAGUUCUACAACCGCUUCGCCGGCCGCGGGCACCUGCUCGCCUACGCCGCCGAAAAGCAGAUCCCCGUCCAACAAACCGCCGCCAAGCCCUGGUCGACCGACGAAAACCUCUUCCACAUCUCGUACGAAGCCGGCAUCCUCGAAGAUCCCAACACCACUCCCCCAGCAGACAUGUGGAAGCUCACCGCCUCACCCGAGUCCGCCCCCGAGACGCCCGAGCAGAUCUCGAUCGAGUUCAAGCGCGGCAUCCCCGUCAAAGUGACCGCAGGCGGGAAAGACACGACCGACGCCGUGGAGGUCUUCCUCACGCUCAACGCGCUCGCGCGCAAGCACGGCAUCGGGCGCAUCGACAUCGUCGAGAACCGCUUCAUCGGCGUGAAGAGCCGCGGGUGCUACGAGUCCCCCGCCGCGACGAUCCUCCGCGUCGCGCAUAUGGACCUCGAGGGCCUCACGCUCGAUCGCAACGUGCGCUCGCUGCGCGACCAGUUUGUCACAGUCGAGCUGAGCCGCAUCUUGUACAACGGCCACUUCUUCACGCCCGAGCGCGAGUUCGUGACGAGCGCUAUCCCCGCGAGCCAGCGGACCGUGAACGGUGUAGUGCGCUUGAAGCUGUACAAGGGCAACGUCGUCGUCGAGGGCCGGUACUCCGACGAGGGCUUGUACGACGAGAAGUUCUCGUCAAUGGACGAGCUCGGCGGGUUCGAGCCUACCGACACCACGGGCUUCAUCCAGAUCGAGAGCAUCCGGAUCAAGAAGUGGGCCCAGGCCAACAUCCGUCGAGGCCAAGCCGGCGUCGAGCCCAAGGACGUGUACGGCACGCGCGUCUGA